AUGUCUCUCAACAUCCCAAGUGCCCCCAACGCGGGCCUCUUCAAGCAAGGCUACAACAACUAUGAUUCCGAAGAUGGCGCCGUCUUGCGAAACAUCGACGCCUGCCGUGCCAUUGCCUCAACCGUCCAGACCUCUCUUGGCCCCUAUGGCCGCAACAAGGUUGUCAUCAACCACCUUCAGAAGAUGAUCCUGACCUCCGACGCCGCUACUAUUCUCCGGGAGCUCGAUGUCGUCCACCCCGCCGCCAAACUCCUCGUCAUGGCCAGUCAGCAGCAGGAAGCCGAGAUGGGCGACGCCACCAACCUGGUCAUCAUCUUGGCCGGUGAGCUGCUUCGCAAGGCCGAGGACCUUCUGCGAAUGGGCCUCAAAACCACGGACAUCGUCAUGGGCUACGAAAAGGCGCAGAACUUUGCGCUGGAGACGCUCGAGAAGCUUGCCGUCGACAAGGUCGAAGAUAUCCGUCAUCAGGAGGAGCUGAGCAAGGCUAUUCGAACCGUCAUCGCCAGCAAGCAGAACGGCAACGAGGACUUCCUGGCUGAUCUCGUCGCUGAAGCCGUCUUGGCCGUUCUGCCGAAAAACCCUACCAACUUCAACGUCGACAAUAUCCGCGUCGUCAAGAUCAUGGGUGGUAGCCUGGAGCAGAGCCGAGUCGUCAGGGGUAUGGUUUUCCCCAAGGAACCGGAUGGUUCAGUCAAGAAGGCACGUCGUGCCAAGGUUGCCGUCUUCACCUGCCCCAUAGAUACCAGCCAGACCGAGACCAAGGGCACUGUCCUGCUGCACAAUGCCAAGGAAAUGAUGGACUUUAGCAAAGGCGAGGAGGCCCAGCUCGAGACCGCCAUCAAGGAACUGCAUGACUCUGGCCUCCGUGUUGUUGUUUGCGGCGACAAGGUUGGCGAUCUAGCCAUGCACUACCUUAACCGUUUCGGUAUCCUCUGCAUCAGAAUCCUCAGCAAAUUCGAACUGCGCCGAGUAUGCCGUGUUGUCGGUGCCACCCCUCUCGCCCGACUGGGUGCUCCUAUGCCUGACGAAAUGGGCAACAUUGACGUUGUUGAGACGCUCGAGAUUGGUGGCGACCGCGUCACCGUCUUCAGACAAGAGGACGAAGUCACCAGAACUGCCACUCUUGUCCUUCGUGGCGCCACCCAGAACCACCUUGACGACGUAGAGCGCGCUGUCGAUGACGGUGUCAACGUUGUCAAGGCCAUCACCCGUGAUCCUCGCCUCGUACCCGGUGCCGGGGCUACAGAAAUUCAACUAAGCGCCAGAAUACAAGCCCAGGGCGAAAAGACCCCAGGACUAAGCCAGUAUGCCAUCAAAAAGUAUGGUGAAGCAUUCGAGGUCAUUCCUCGCACCUUGGCAGAAAGCUGUGGCCUCGAUGCCACUGAGGUUCUGAGCAAAUUAUAUGCUGCUCACCACAAGAAUGAAGAUGGCGAUACCGGCGUUGACGUAGAGAACAACGAUAACACCGGUACCCUUGAUGCAAAUUCGGAAGGAAUACUCGACCUCCUCACCUCCAAAUCCUGGGCUAUCAAGCUCGCCACCGAAGCCGCCCGUACAGUCUUAUCCGUCGACCAGAUCAUUGUCGCAAGACAGGCUGGUGGUCCUAAACCCCCUGGCCCCAACCCCAACUGGGAUGAGGACUAA